AUAUUAGUAGAGUAAGUAGUCGGUAAGUUUGUGGGGAUGGAUGAAUAUGUUUCUGACAUUUUCAGGCUAAAACAACUGGACUGAUUGUAAUAGCUGAUAUUCCAGCAUACCACGAAGGCUACAUUUUAUCCCGAUGUUUUCACGGGAUCAGAAAUAAUGCAAGUCGCAAAUGCAUUCAGUCAAUGCCUCGGCGCUGGACCACUGGGGCCUGGUUAUGGAUAUGGACCCAACAUUGCUCCUGGUUUAACCACUCCUUACGGCUUGGGAGCUGGCCUAGCUCCUUCUUCAUUUGGUUUAGCCCCUACUGCCCUUGAGUUAGGUGCCCCUGGACCGUAUGGUAUUGAGGUAGCUCCAGGAUACGGUGGCACUGGUGUCGGUGAUGUCGCUGUCGCUGGUGAGAUGCCAGUCGCUGGCACCACAAUUGUUGCUGGACAAGUGCCAAUCUUGGGUGCCGUGCGCUUUGCUGGUGACUUACCAGCCGCUGGAACUGUUUCAAUCGCUGGUAGUUGCGGCUGUGGAUGCGGCGCUCCUUACCACUAUUGAUUUUGAUCAUUAAAUUUGUUAUAAUAAUAAAUAAAAAAUGAUUUAACUCUA